AUGUUUGGCACAACUUUGGCGGGAAGAGCGGUCAAGUUGGCCGACCAGGUUGAUAAUCUGAAAUAUGCGACCACCUACGAUAAUAUUUCGCCGAACAGGAUAUUCCAUCUGUCUAUAUUUGUUGUUCCUAAUGUUCCUUUUGAUCCUAACUACAGUGCACUGAUAUACUACCAGUUCCAAAAGGGAGGAGUUCCGUUAUCUAAUUUCCGUUUGCUGGGAGGUCUAGACGUGAACAAACAAAGUGCCAUUUUCAAAAUCAACCCAGAGGCCUACACGAAUUCCGAACAACAGCAACAGCACCAACUUGUCACCACCGAGGGGGACCUGGAUAUGGAUAUGGAGACAGACCAAACGGUGAAUGCAGACACUACGCUAGUGAUUGGGAUAUCCGUUGAGCCGAGCGCGUCGGCAGCGUUGCAAUUGGAACAGCUAAAGAUGUCGAUGGCCCCGAAACUUGCAUUGCCCGCUCCUCCAAAUAUCUCCAUCCAAGACAUUCCAUUGACCAAAGACCAAGUGGAGUCCGUCUCUAAUAAAAUCAUCAAGAAUGCAUACGAUUACCUGAGCUCCUUUGUUGACUCGACGAACAGGGUGCCCAUAAAGAAAUUUGACGACUGGUGGGCCAAAUUCAAGUCCAAGCUCGCCAGCGAUCCAAAGUUCUUAGAUAAUCUGAAUUAA